AUGGCACAGAGUGACUACUUCCCGGAGAACUUUUCGGAGCUCUCGGCUUGGGAUCUCUGGGAUGCCUCGGAGCAUUUUGCAGGGCGGGAAGGUUAUUCCCGUGAGGAGUGGUUCAGCUUCUGGCGUUCAGCUUUGCCAGAUCGAGUGGAUGCUCCGACCCAGGAGUGUGGUUCUACUUUGCCUUCUCCUACCACGGCGGAGCCAGCACCCUCGGAUGAACUUGAUGGGGCUACGACAGAGGAUGCCUCUACUUUGCAUACAGCAACAGAGGUUCCCUCAUCUGCUUUGCCAGCCUCAGAAGUUCCUUACCACGAAUGGGGAACAGAGGACUGGGUCCCGACACCGGUGCUUUCCACUGAUGAGCCGCCCUCUUCUUUGCCUACACCUACCACGGAGGAGGCGGAGGACUUCAACUAUGUGCCGUGGAACUUUUCGCAGCUUACGGAGGCAGAGUUGUGGCAGGCUACGGCAUUCUUUGAAGAUUGGAUGGGGUACGAUAGACAGCAGUGGCUGGAGUUUUGGCUUUCUUUGCGGGCAUCCCACGGAAGUUCGGAUACUUUGCACCAGCCUCCAGAUGGUGCAGCUGGCUCCACCGCGGAUACCCAGCCG